CUUCCAACUUGUACUGGUUGUUGGUAAAUCCAACUACCAUAUAACUUGACGGAUUGGCACUACUCCACCUCUGGUUACACCAUGGCCACAUCGGUUCUACAGACGGUGCUGUUGGUGCUCGCCUUAUUGCUGUGCAUCUCCUCUGCUGAGUAUUUAACCGUAGACUCGUUCAUCAAUCACAGCCAAUCUUACGACGGUGGUUUGUGUGUUAAUCUCGUCGAACCUUGUGGUUAUACUUGCUCCGAACACACGAUUCAAACAAAAGAUGGUUUCUUGCUAGGUCUUCAACGCGUGUCAUCAAGCAUUGUUAAUUUGGAACUGCAAAGUGCACCUCCGGUUUUGCUCCUACAUGGACUCUUUAUGGGUGGUGAUGCUUGGUUUAUGGAUUCUGCAAAGCAAUCAUUGGGCUUUAUUCUUCCGGACCAUGGUUUUGAUGUUUGGGUUGGAAACGUGCGUGGCACAAAAUGGAGUCAUGGGCAUGUAUCUUUAUCAGAACGAGAUAAGGAUUUCUGGGAUUGGAGUUGGCAAGAGUUGGCUCUUUAUGAUCUUGAGGCAAUGCUCCGUUAUAUAAAGUCCGAAACUAGCUCUAAAGUUUUUGUUGUAGGACAUUCACAGGGAACAAUAAUGUCCUUGGCUGCUUUUACUCAACCUGAUAUAGCUGACUUGGUUGAGGCUGCUGCUCUUCUUUCUCCUAUAUCAUACUUGGAUCACAUCACAUCUAAGUUUGUUCUUAAUCUUGUUCAAAUGCAUCUUGAUGAGGCACUUGGAUUACUGGGAAUACAUCAAUUAAACAUGAAGAGUGACAUUCUCACCAACAUCAUAGACUUGGCUUGUGAUGGGCAUGUAGAUUGCAGUGAUAUGUUAGCAUCUAUCACAGGUGAAAAUUGCUGCUUUAACAGCAGCCGAGUGGAUUUCUAUCUUGAAUACGAACCUCAUCCUUCAUCAUUAAAGAACUUGAAACAUCUUUUUCAAAUGAUACGCAAAGGUACUUUUGCAAGGUAUGACUAUGGGAGUUUGAAAAAUGUACUACAGUAUGGGCAAACAAAACCACCAAGUUUUGAUCUUGGCCAGAUCCCGGAAUCAUUGCCUAUAUGGAUGGCUCAUGGGGGAAACGACGCAUUAGGAGAUGUAAUUGAUGUGCACCACACCCUAAGUGAGUUGCCAUCAAAACCAAAUGUGUUGUUUCUCGAGAAUUAUGGUCACAUUGACUUCCUCUUGAGCACAAGAGCAUAUGAAGAUCUUUAUGGCAACAUGAUCAGGUUCUUUAAGUCAUGUGGAAUGUCCAGAAGCUCUUAAGCGUCAACGAUGCAUGACCGUACGUGACAGCAGGUUUUAGUGGAUGAUGCUAAGUUGUUGCCAAGAUUGAGGUGGUUAAUUUGGUAAGAUUUACACUUCAGUCAAUCCUUGUAUAGAUGUUGUGGAAGUUGUAACUUAUGCUAUUUAUACAUGAAUUACAACACAGACUGUAUUAUUUGCACAGCUGACCACCUACACCUUCUCAUAUUAUCAGCAACUGCAAACAAGAAUGUGAAUAUAUAAAAAUUA